UACAAAAGGAGAAAGCUAUGCAUCUUUAUGAUGAACAAUAAGAACGACUUGUCAAUGAGCUCUUCAAAUACACACACCUUAUUUUGUAUACCGAAGUCGCAGCCGGACGAUGAACUUAACGCAUUCGACCUCACAUGGAGAAACUACCUACCUUCAAUGACACAACUUUGUCCUUGCUUUGGUAUAUUUAAAGGAGGAUCUAUUCAGCUCGAUGACGAUGACGAAAGCACCGGAAAUCUCGGGCCGCAUUAUUACAAUGAUCAGUCAAUCUACCAAGGCCGGACUAUCCAAGGUUAUUUGAGAAAUUCCAGAGACCGAGAAUUUGAGUCGGUUUUAGAGAAUGGAGGCGGAGAAGAUGGUGCGUUUUCCAGAGGGGAUUAUAUGCCAAGCUUUGUUACUCGAAAUCCAUUUGGUAGGAACAGGAGAAAGCGCCCGAGACGAAGAAAAGAAAGAGCUCAUUUAAUACAAGAAGAGCACGAUGAACCGGCAGUGUAUGAGAUAUUUUCAGAAGAACAAGAUAGAGUGGAUGCUGAGUCACUUGGGGACGAUCAGAUCGCUAAUCUUGUAUUCAAACCCAAGACUUCAGAUCAAUACGACGAGGAGCUUUAUAUUACAGUACCACGAGGUGGCCCCAAGGUACAGGAGAUGUUUCCUCCAACGACUCAUCCUGGAGAGACGACUAAAUACGGGCUUCAGAGUACGCCAUAUUUAAAUGACAGAAUGGAAAUCGAAACAGAGUACGAUGAAGACACUGGGUAUGAAGAAGAUACAGAGUACGAAAAUUAUCGAAACAACGAAACAGAUGGUUGUUAUGACCCAGAUGAGCCAGAUGAAGUUGAUGAGUCUGAUGCUGGACCGGUGACUAGACCAACGGUUGCACAAACGAUGCUAACUGAGCAGUUGGAUGAUCUGACUGAAAAGCUGGUUUAUAUUAAGCGUAAUAUCAUGGAUAUUGGUGUAAAAGAUAGUAAGGUAGACCCCAGGACAAGUGCAGUAUUGCGCCCAUUGAAGCAUUUAUCUAUGAUAUCAAACUCGGAAAGAGCCAUGUCUGACCUAGACUCAAUUGCAUCAGAAGCACUAGAAGAAUACGGAAAUGUGGUUCUCAACAACAAAACUAUAAGUAACCAUACUGCUGAAGAAAUUAAUCAUUCACGUCUUGGUAUACGAAAGAACUCAGGGGCAUCAGAUUUCAAUAUGCCACUAGCUGAUAACCACUCCACACCAUUCGGGUCUGACCAACAUCCAUUUACGUACUUUGAACGAUCACCUGUAAUUGCAUCGCAAACAUCUUCAAACAGAAACAGUUUGGGAGAAAACCAAGGACUCAAUGUUCACUCAGUAUUUGAAUUUGGCAAGAAGUGGCUCAAUGGCACUUCUUAGACACCUUCUAAAGAUUCCUCCUUCUUAUUCCUUUUUUCUUUUACAAAUGAAGUAUAAAUAAGUUACCAUAUAUUUUUUUUCUCUACUACCCCUAUUCCAUUUGUACUAUUUUCUAACUCUUUCUCUCCUCUGUAUAAUUUAGCAUGCUGAUUACAAUUUUUUAUAAACGACACUUCCAAAUGGAUAAUUUGUCUCUGCC